AAAAGGAAGGCAAGAUCAUUCAACUCAUCAAUCACAAGAAAAGACCUCAUGAUCACGUAUCCCGAGAUACUGGAGAUGACUAAUAACUUUGAGAGAGUUCUUGGAAAAGGAGGGUUUGGAACAGUGUAUCAUGGAAACCUGGAUGAUACUCAAGUAGCUGUGAAAGUGCUCUCUAUCUCAUCAGCUCAAGGUUAUAAAGAAUUCAAAGCAGAGGUGGAGCUUCUUUUAAGAGUUCACCAUAGACAUUUGGUGGGACUUGUAGGUUAUUGUGAUGAUGGAGAUAACUUGGCUCUCAUCUAUGAAUACAUGGCAAAUGGAGACCUGCAGGAGAAUAUGUCAGGAAAACGCGGUGGCAAUGUCCUAAGCUGGAAAACUAGAAUGCAAAUAGCUGUAGAGGCAGCUCAAGGAUUGGAGUAUCUACACAAUGGAUGUGAGCCUCCCAUGGUCCACAGAGAUGUGAAAAGUACCAAUAUCUUACUGAAUGAGCGGUAUGUAGCAAAGUUAGCUGACUUUGGGCUCUCAAGAUCUUUCCCAAUAGAUGGUGAAGGCCAUGUGUCUACUGCGGUUGCGGGCACACCUGGAUACCUAGACCCAGAGUACUAUAGAACAAACAUUCUAAGCGCGAAGAGUGACGUAUACAGCUUCGGUAUAGUGCUGUUAGAGAUCAUGACAAACCAGCCUGUGAUAGAUAAAACCAGGGAAAGACCUAACAUCAAUGAAUGGGUUGGGUUCAUGCUCACUAAAGGAGAUAUCAUGAGCAUCAUCGACCCGGAACUGAUGGAGGACUAUGACACAAAUGGUGCGUGGAAGAUUGUAGAGUUGGCUCUGGCUUGUGUGAAUCCGUUUUCGAACCGGAGACCAACAAUGGCACAGGUUGUGGUGGAGCUAAAUGAGUGUGUGUCCUUAGAAAAUGCAAGGAGACAAGGUAGUGAAGAGGUGCAUUCAAUAGAUUAUUUUGGCAUUAGUCUGUCUUCUGCUUCUGAAUUUACCCCUGGAGCUAGAUAAAAUUGGAAAAUCUCCCAGUUGGUACUUGGUGUUUUUUUUUACUGAUAAUAAAACGGCUAAUGUCCGGAUCCGGUGGCUGCGGUCCUGAGGCAGUAUCUGUCAGCUUGAACG